AGGCAUCGCGUGCCUAGCGUCGGCUACCGCGACUGCAGCGUCGGCGGCUGGGACCAGCGGAUGUGCGUUCCUCUCUCUAGAAGCUCCGUCCGUCUUCACAGCCUUUUCCUCCCAACAACGCAUAAUAUUAGCUAGGGUUUCAACGCAUCUGACGGCGGAAGCUAGGGCGUCGCCACCGUCAAUGUCUUGGCACUCCCGCUCUGUUCAUCAAUCGCAUCGACAGGAGCCCUAUCCUCAAUCAUGUCUUUCCCGCCGAGCUACACACCUUCAGGAGCCCAUCCCCUCCUCCCUCAAACGACGCCGGGUGACAAGCAGGAAAAGUAGUAAUGACGACAUGCUUCCAAAUCACUUUCAACAGUUUCUUCUACUUCUUUUUGUUUGCCUUAUGAUGAUUAUCUACUGUCAGUUACUCAGUUUUAUGAUUUGACUAGUUACUUUGGUUUGUGGAGCUGGAUGGAACAAUCUUUCAGGGUGCUUCACCAUUAGAUUGUGCUUAUAUAUUGAGCUGAAAAUUUAACCUAUAUAUGUCCUGUUUUAGGUGCUCCAUGAUUCUCUAUAACAUCCGAAAUAAAUUAGGAUUAAAGCAAGAAUAGGAAGUUAUUCAAAACUCAAAAGUAAAGGGUUUCCGGUCUUCCAGUUAAAUGACCAAAUGACCUGUAGAAUGACAGCAAGCAAGCAAAAUAAACGGCAGACAAAUUGCACCAACUCAGAGCAGUGCAGGCCAGGGAAGAAAGCAAAAUUUGACACAUCUCAUUGUCUAGUAAGUUUGAAGCCUCAUAUCAGUCUUAAAUGGGAUCAAUAUCUGAGGAAAGUUGUGCCAGAGAAGGAACAAGUUGGAAUUUUGUGGUCAGACUUGGCCCCUUUCAUGGAAAGCCAGAAACACUGUUCAGGCCUUGCUGAUGUUAUGUAUGUUCCUCCAGAGAUUUUCUCUCUUAAGAGCCUGAAAGGUGUGCUAUCCUAUGAGGCAUGGUCUACAUCUCUUACAGAAGCCGAGAGAAAAUUUCUCAUACAAUUCCUUCCAAGCGAGACUGAUGCAGAAGAAAAUGUAAAAUUGUUGCUUACGGGACAAAAUCAUCACUUUGGAAAUCCUUUCCUUAGCUGGUCAUCUUCUCUUUGCUAUGGUGAUAUUCAUCCGGAUGCACUACUUAACAAGGAGAAGCACAUAAAAAAGGAUGAGAAGGCAUAUCAUGUUAACUUGCUUAAUUACCAUUCCAACAUGGUUGAAACCUUGAAGAGUUGGAGGAAGAGAUGGCUAAGUUGCGGUGAUACAGAGAAUUUGUUCAGGGAUAACCCUAGUAAUCAGAUGCAAGGAGUUAUGCAGCUGAAAGCUACUAACAGUGGAAUGCCCAUGAAGGUUGCACAAAGAAUCGAUGUUUCAAAGUUUAUGUCAUACAUCAAAGUUAGUAGAACACAGCUCAACCAUAUAAAGAGACUGAAGCAAUCUGGGGAUGGUAUUCAGACCAAGCAUGUUUCACGUGUAAUUGGCGGCCUUGAUAAAUCUCAUGUGAAACCUUAUGGAGCUUUAUUAGAGGAUGAACAGAGGAGACUGCGCGAGCAUUGGCUGGAAAUGUCUUGCAAUGAUUUACCUGCUGCCUUUGAGGUUCUUAGGGAAAGGAAGGUGCUGAUGGAGAAAUCAAUAAAGUUAUUAGGCCUUGAGCUUCAGCAGAAGAAUGUAUCUGUCUUGAGAAAGGCAGACCAGUUAACAGACAUAAUGAAAGGGCUAGGACAACCUGGUGCUAGUGAAAAUGAUGGUACCCCAGUUUUUCAAAAUGACCAGGUAGAAUGCUCACCCCAAAGUAUAUUGCAAGGUGGGCAUGUUCAGAGCACAUCUCUUCACCAUCAGGAUGAUGAGCAGUCUGUUUACCAUAUUCACCGUAUGAAUGUGGAAGAUCAUGAUCUCAUGGUAGUCAGGGGUAUAGACAUAACUAGUCAGAGUGAGAAAAACUCUGAUGUGCCAGAUCAAAGUCGUAAUGGUAUCAGCUGCGUAGAUAAAGGCAUUUACUGCUGUGCCAACAACCCUGAUAAGCAGAGUGAUGUUCUCAUGGACAUCAAAUUAUGUAAAGGUGGACUGGUUGUUUACAAUCCUGACUGCAAAAAUACGCAACUAGAAGAUCUUGAUGGAGUUUCUUACAAAGGUCCAUCAGUUCAUGCUUGUGACCAAGAUCAGGACCUGGAAAGCAUCGGCCAUGCUGUUGUGAACCACAAUUGUCACAAUAGUCCAAAUAUUUCUUCGGAAAUGAGUCAUCCGACGACGAACGCUGUAAUUGACCAGGAAACUGAGAAUGUUAUGGAACCAUCUUGCAGUUCUUCACAACUACCUAAGUCGUCUGGAGAACAAAUGCAUGUGGAAGAUUUUCUGUAUCUAAAUGACCAAGCAGCAAAAUUUGAGAAAGUCAGUGGGCAGUUGGCAGGCCCUCUUGGCCCUCCAGAGAAUAUGAUGUAUAAUGACUCAGGUGACUUGCAGAUUAAACAGACUUAUCUCUCUUCAGGACAACAUUUUUCUUCAGUUUACUUGAAUAAUGGCAUUUUAAGCCAUCAGCAACCUCAACUUGCCACACCAGCUUUUGCUUUGGACAAUCCAGCAUCAUUUAUUGAGCCUUUCUCAAAUCUGCAGAGCAAUCGUCAGCCCGAGACAGAAAAGGACAUUGGAGCAGUCUUCUAUCCCUUUCGACACGCAACUAACAUCAAACAGUCAGCGAGUUUGCAUUGUUUAGUGAAUAAAGGCUUGGCUCAAUCUGCUUCAUUUCCCAGGUUGUUGCAAGAGCGGCAUCAGUUAAUCGAUCAGAGUGACAGUGACCUCUAUGCACAACCUCAUGAGGAUUACUGCACAGAUGUAUAACUGGUUCCCCGAGGGCUGUCAGUCACAUAAUAAUAAUGAUAAUCUGUUGGGGUUGCAGUCAGGUAACUUCUUACCCCAGGCCUUACCAAGUGGAAGCAGCACCGAUGGAGCUCUGUUCAGCACCGCAUCCCAGUACAAUCAGCCAUCAGUACACAUGGGACAUGGUGGGUCAAACCGCAGCCAACUCAUUGAGCCAAGGAAUCAAUUUGGCCCACCUCAGAAUUUUCUUUCUAAGAGUCAAGACACAAACCCUAUGUUUCCGGAUAUGUAUGGCUUCACCCAGAAUAUAGCCAGUGGCACAAGCAGUCAGGUAGCACCUAUAGGGUCUCUGGAUUGCUCACAUUGGACAAAUUUCAUACAACAAAAUUCUGGAAUGCCGUCUGACUUUACAAACAGGCCAUCUCGAGGGCCUUGGACCAGAUAACUCUAUGACACCCUGGACUGGAUGUACUAGAUUGGUUGGUUUUAGGCGCCACCUAAGUUGGUUAAUAAGGAAACUGGGGCAGGUUGGAACAGAAUGUUUUCCAGCAUCCAUGACUUAUGUCAUGUAGUGGUUUUGAUCUGUUUGAAUGGUGUGGUUUCAGGAAUUGCUUUUGCACCAUACCUGUCUGAACGCAAGCGCUGGGAAUCUGGAGUCAAAGCUGAGGAUUCCCGCUUUUGCUGUCUUGCCCUGCUGAUUUUUUUUUUAUUUUGAUAAUAAGCUGUGCCCCAGUUUCCAUGUGUAGUCUGCCUAUGGUGCCCUCAGCAAAACAUGAUGCUGUGUUGUUCUCAAUUAUUUUGUUAUUUUUUUUUGGGUUGACAUGCCAGUUAUAUAUGAAGACAAGAUAUGUAUACCAGUCGGGAUGCCAUUUUAGGUAUCAA